UAGACUAGCUCAACACAUUCUACGCUUGCUUCAAAGCUGACAACUCUGAGCCACCCGGAAGAGCUCUUGCUGCUCCGUUCAACCAGGUGUUCUUUCUCUCCAAGGCUGACGUCAGUCUCAUCACUCCUGACCCAUCCCCAGUUGUGUCCAUAAUUGUGUGCGCUGUCUCUACCCACAUCUUCAACCUGUCCUGGGUUGUAGUCUCACCUCAGAACGCUCUCAUAUCAGUGGCAGUCUGCCAGGAUUUUUGGAUCAACUCUAAUAUGCGUACAGCCAUAACAGAUUGAAGGAGGCUGCAAUUUCCAUUUAUUUUUUGUCUGAGAAGGAACAACUAUGUGAGAAUGCUGUUUAUUGACUAUAACACUGCUGUUCCUUUAACUCCUCACCAAACUAAGAGCACUUGGUCUGGAUGCCACCCUGUGCAACAAGUUUGGAUUUUGGAAGGCGGACCCCAGGCUGUACUGGGUGUUUUGCCAUUCAGCCUGUGAGAAACUAUGCCCGUGCCUUGAGAAAGAAGAAGCCAGUGAUGGAAAGUCAACUGAGUGAUCUUCCUCCGACAAUGCUGAAGAUGGAAUAUGCUGCUGUUCCACUCGCUCAAACAGCCGAUGACUUGGUCAUGAGACUUCUGACACUAGAACUAGCAAGCCAUAGCGAGAAGUUGAAAUUGAAAACUGAGCAGCUGAUUGCCAAAGUCCAGAGGGAUGACGCUGACCACAGCUCAACAGAAGUCAGGGUGGCCAUUUUGACCUCCAAGAUUCGAAACUACCAGGAGCACUUGCACAAACAUCCUAAGGACAAAGCAAACAAGCGAUGGAUGUUAAUGGCAAUUGACCGCAGAAAGAAGCUGCUCAAGCACCUGAGGGCGACACGUUAUGACACUUUUGAACAUGUCUGCCAGCAGCUGGGCAUCACCUACACUUUCCCCCCGGAGUACUACAGACACGCCACCCGUCGCUGGGUGGCCAAGAAAGCCUUGUGCAUAAAGGUCUUCAAAGAGGUCCAGAAGCAGAAAUUGGAGCAAAGGAAGAAAAUAAUACAGACUCUCCCCACCGGACAUGUGGAACUAGCUCAAACAGCAUCUACGGGAACAAAAUAAUGGCUACAGUAUUACUCAAUGCAUUCAGUAUGUUCCGAUGUUUGCUAUGCUGAAACACAUACAAAACAUGAAUAGUCAUUAAAUUGUUCAUAGCAGACUGGCUUCAUUCUUCCUGUCCCUUCUGCAAGUUGACACAUAAAACCUCAUUUUGUCCUGAAUAAAGACUAUGACGCAGAUGUGG